AUGGCGAUCUCUUCCAGUUCCUUCAAAGUUUUAGUUUUCUUCUGUUGCGGUAAGUCAUGCAUAAUCAACUAAGGGUCAAAUGAAGAGAUUUAAAGAUUUAAACGCACAGCUUUUCAAAAUAUAACUGCAUGCUAAAGAACAUUGCAUUAACUCAGAUUUGCGAAUGAAUUGAAGCUCCGACUACUGUUGUACAAACUAUGCGGGGAUUACUCGAUCCCAAAAGGUUUAUUUUCCCUUUUUUGACCUGGGAAGUUCCUUUCCUCUGAGCAGAACCGCUCCUAACGAACUUCCAGAACUGAGCUCAAUUGCUAUGCGGCCACAACAAGGAAUCAGUGCUCUGGGCUGUUUUAUGUUCAAUGAAGAAUAUUUCGUACGGAAAGAAUGCCGACAGGAAAAUAGAACGAUGUGGAUGCAAUCGAAAGUGAAGUUACUUCUUCGACAGUCAUUACAUCCUUUCCUUUUUGCGGAUUUAUCUGCACCUACUUGUGCAUGAUAAUGACCAGGGAGCGACGUAUCCCUAAUCUAUAUUUGAAUUAAUUAAUGUCUCGUGCAGUCAGAUUUUCUUCUUUUUGUAGUUGUCUCUGAAAUGAUUUCCAAUCCGGUAUCCAUGUGUGUUAAAGUGGGAAUUUUUACUUUUGGCGAGCUUGCAUAAAAUUCUUUUAAUCGUCAGCAUCACGCAUUGCAAAAGUUGUGAAGUUUCAUAUAUGCAGUCCUUGGUAGAGGUAUCCUUUAAAGUGUUUGGGACGAAUUAUUCCCAUUUUUAGCCUUUUUAAAGUUUAUAUUUAACUUCAUUUCCUGGUUAUUUCAGUAGCACUACACAGUCACUCACUUAUUGACCAUGUUGAGUUUAAGUAUAACAUCAAUGAUACAUUUUCUUGUAAAUAUCGCAGACUCGGUGUGCAAUAUCGCGGAGUGUAGCGAUAAUCUAUAGCUUGACGCACGGUCAUUUCAGCUAUCUAGAUCCGUAAAGCAAUAUUCUUUUUCGAGAUAGCUUAAUCCCCAUUAGUGAGAAAAUGGUCAUGAUUAAAAUUUUUCAGCCAUCACUAGGAUUGCAGCUAUUCCCUCCCUCCCUCCCCCCAAAGAUCUUUCUGUUUUCAGUUCCAGUAUUAUGCCACUAUCAAGAAAGACGUCAUCGAUAUUUAAAGUAGGAACUCACGCAAAGAAACCAUUUUUAAGCAAAACUAUUUUUGUUGCAUUUAUCAGGGGAACCUCUAUUAAAGUUUCUGUAAUAAGUUGGUUUUAAUUUUAAAUUAAUAAGAGAUUGCAGUGGGACAAUAGUUUCUGUCAGUUGAACACAGGGCUUGAUGCACUGAAAUUUCCAUUAAUGCGACAAGGGUAGAUCAAUAAAUGGAACUUAUCCGUAAUUUUUCAAUUUAUUUGCAAAAUCACUGACUUUGUUUACAACUCUCAAAGCAGUGGUCCAGGACUAGAUAUAUUGUUUUAAAAAAAAUCCAGCAUUUUUUUUGUUUUAAUAAAACUCGAGGUUUUCUUUCAGUUCACCUCAGAUACACUCUGAAACUAAACCUUUUCUUUUCACUGUAUACCUAUUUGGUGCCAAUGUGUCUAGAUCGAGAGAAAAAGCUGAAAGCCACUUAGCCCAAUUUUUGUUCAAAUUUACGGCUUAUGCAAUGAUUGGCAGUGGGAAGUUAAAAGUCUAAAAGAAAGCACUCUAUCAAAAAUUGCAGAUGACAAGAGUUUAAUUGAAGAGCAUUUUUUCUUCCUUUCAUUCAACAGCCCUUUUUUUCUUGUGCGUCGCUGAUGAAGUGAAUAAAAAAGAUGACAACACGAAAACAAUUCGUGACGAUGAUGUCAAGGUCAAAAUUGAUGGUCCUUCUGGAAAAAUCAAGAUUGCUCGGGCCGAGAAGGACGACAAGGAUGAUGAUAAAGACGACAAGGAUUCGAAAGAUAGUGAUACCCCAGAUAAGACCGACGAUGUUGACGUAGACGCUAAAGAUAGUGUAGAAAAAAAAGACAGCGACAGCGACAAAGAUGACAAAGACACGGACGAUGAUAAAGAUGAUGAUGACUUUGAAGACACCAACGAUGAUUUGCUGACUUUUGAGCUUGAUGACAUUAAAGAGAAAGAUGGCAAUGAUAAUGAUGUGGCCGACGACAAGCAUUCAGUGGAUUCUUUCCAGGAUGUACAGUUUCAAUUUUCUCCUGUACAGACAAACGACAGAUCCUUCGGAAUCCCGGCCAUCAAUGUGAACCUGACAGGCCGACUUGAAGAUGCCGAUGCUAACAUUCAGAUCAUGGUCUACUUGUUCCGUCAGGCAGGAUCCAUCUCGUUUGGCAACGAAACGUUUCAGGUUCAGCCAGGGACGGUGAAAUUCAACAUAAAGGUACGUGGCCAAAAAAUGCUCGCGUACUAUGCUUUUUCAUUUUCUAUAAAAUAACAGGUAAAGCAAAGAAUAUGUAUAGAUUUAUCCAGGGCUAAAAGCGAAGCUCUCAUUAAUAUGCUUAUAAUUUACUCAAACAAAAACUAAAUAUCGAGCAAUGCUAAACGGCGAAGGCAACGAGAACUACAAAAAAAAAAAAAAAAUCCGUAGUUUACCACAACGUGAAACAUUGUAGUUACACAUUUUAUGUGAAAAAGUGUCGUACCAAAGAUUUUGUUGCUUGUGUUUCUGUUCGCUUUUUUUUCACUGCCGCUAGUUUUUACCUAGCUGGUUUCUUGCUCACCGCUAGCAUUUCUCAUUUUCUCACCGCUGAUAUAAAAUUUUCAUGUUGGUUUUCCAUCAAAAUUCGUCUCUUUUGUCUUUUUAUCUCUCACUCUAGCUCUUUGUGUGUUAUCCACGUUAGUGUAGACAUUCAAACUUAGUCGAAAAAAGACUCGAUCUUGUUGUUGUUUUUUCUCUAUAAAAGUGUCGGUGGCCACGCGAUUUCCCGCCAAAAACCUCGAGUUCCAUUUGGGUUGCCAUACCUGUCGAUUGCGUUAUUUUACAUUGGUAUGCCUGUGGUUCGGAAGGACACGCGGGCGGGUGGACGUACGGUCAUGUGACUACCAAAAUUUCUCAGAUGCAUAGAUAACCAAUUUUUUUUUACCCACGGUGCUCUGCUGCUGCGCGCGAGAGCUCCCCUAUCAAACAGUGGCCAAUCUAGGGUAGGAACCUGGUGGGGGCCCAGCCACGCUCCUUAUUAUUUUAUAGGCCCCAAGGGUCAAGAAAAUUAUUUUCCAGGCAGGUCUCUCCUCUUGUCUUGUCCCCACUCCACCACCACCACCACCACCACCACCACCACAACUUACUUAAAUAUCUGAAUCUGCCACUAUGAAACCAGUGCACAUUAAUCUCAAGUCUCCCUGUUGGUAAAGGGACUAGUUAUCAAUAAAUUAGACACCAUGCCAGGAAAAUUGGCUACGACAGUUGAAAUAUAAUAAAAAUUUAAUAAAAUAAAAGUUUUUCAUAUGAUCAUGAAAGCCAUUGCAACCACUAUAGCCAUGGGAGAAAGAAACAAACAAAAGUUGUCCCAUGAUACAAUGAAUAUCCACACUUUUCUAGGUACUCGAUUGGCCCUUAUUUGUCAGGUAACCGAAAAUCAAGGCCCUCUUUAAUCCUUUAUCUUCGUAUUUUUUAUUUUAUAGAUAAGCGACUGGGAUUUCUGUGAGAAUAAUACUCCGGGCUGCAACAGUGUAGGCCAAUUCCUGGAUCUCAGUAUGAGAGUCAAGAGCAAGGGAACUCCAUCUGAAGUAGACGACGACGACGACCGCAAAAAGGCUGUUUGUAAGGACGAUAAGGAUGAUGGAAAAGAUAAAGAUGAUAAAGAUGAUGAUGAUGAUGAUGAUGAUGACGAUUGCCCUCAUCUAUAUGACAUGGGAGGGGACUCAGAAAUGCUGCUUAACAAAGGGGUAAGUUUGAAGGAUCCUAUAUCUUUGUAAGUCUUGUAAGCAUCAUGCAUACGUGAGGUGCUUUUUGCUUACGGUCCAUCGCGAAAUAUGAAAGAGCAUAACUGUAAAAAGGAUCUACGAUCAGGAACGGCACUGCCAUUCCUGUUUAGAGAAUCUUUCAAUUGCAUCAAUCUAUGAUGACGCCCACACUGGCCUCCCUUUUGAAUCAUAUCCAAUUGUUUUAAAGGUCUAGUUAAUCAAAUAGACUAUGGGUUAAUGAAGAGGUAAAGGUCAUAUGAUAGCUACGUAGCAUGGUGUGUUUGGGACUCCUUUCUACCGGAUAAUCUCUCUGAUAGCAGGGCUAAAGUAAAGUAUAUUUUAAAGAAUUUCUCCUCGAACGUCAACCUUUUUUUAGCCUGCGUAGCAGGCGCUUGAUAGUAGUGGGCGAAAGAGAGAACGGGCGUGCGCGAGGUAGACACGAACUUAUUUUGAAGCUUUCUCUGCCAUUUGUUGUCUCUGUUUAAAAUUAUAUGGCCCUUUUCGCCUCGUCUGAAAAGAAAGGAAGCCGCGGGUUAGAAGUGUAUCAACUAAACAGGGCGGCCAAUUCCAAGUUCCAAGUGCAAAAACCUUUAUCGUGAUAAUAAGUUUCAUUUGUAUGAGAAUAAAACUUUUUUUUCAUGUCAAUGGCUUCGCACUUAGCCUCACUUUGAAACAGAGGCUUGGGACGGGCAACUGGGGAAUGGCCUAUUUCGAGUAUCUUUGUUUAACUUGUCACUAAUCAUUUUCUAGGUGGAGACCGAUGAUGGCGUAUACUCUCCCAUGCCGCAAGGAUAUCCCAAAGUGGAGCGCGAUGGUGACGCGUCAAGAUUUGUUUUCCGCAUACCCAAAUUCAACAAAAAUGUUCUCUUGGAUCCAAGUGUGACACCAGGCGAAAAGAAAGUCAAAUCAGGAAGCGCUUCGUCGUGGUUGCAGGUCAACUUUGUCGUUGCUAUGUUGCUUCAACUGGUUGCGAUAUUUGCAGCUCAGUAACAUCGCAAUACUGGAUUUUUAUUGACUCACUAUUGAGAUUAAGGAUCACAUUGAAGACAAACUGCAAACGGCACGAGACGUUCACGUGAUCAUCUUUUCCCGCCUUUUUACGCUUGCGGCUUAUAUUCCGUUUCCAACCUAACAUAUUAUAGAAACAGUGUUGUCAAACGAAAGUGAUAACUGUAUUUUGUAUCGUUGUCGGUUAUAUUGAAAAUCGUACGUUUAUCUCUGCCAUUUGCUGUUUGCUGCAAAGGUAAUGCUUAACCUCUCUGAUAUCGCUAAUACACACCAAAUAAAUAUUACAACAUUAAUAUAAUGGACAUUCCAACUUCUAGUUCAAGAUGCAAGAGAGAAAUAUUUCGAGACGAAUCGUUUUAAGAACAACUGCACAGGUUAAAAGCAGUAAGACAGGAAAAUGACGUUCGUUUAGUGACAACACGCAGAGGUGUCAAAAUCAAGAGAAUUUGGCAGUUUUUUAGCGUGGCAUUAUUACCGAGACAAUUGAUAAGAAGCUUAAUUCAUGCUAAGCAUUUAACCCAAUAAAGAUCAAUGGAAAUAUAAGACUUG